AUGCCUCCUUCGCCUCGUCCUGGAAGCUCCGUAGGGGCCUUCCAACAGGAGGGCGCUGAGGAAAGUUUUCCGGGGAAUCCCCUUUCGCAAGAGGGGGCCCCAAGGCCCAGGGGGCCCCCCACAGCGGCCCCUCUGCCCCGUCUCGUUGUAUGCCCUCCUAGAAGAGGCGAACUCCUGAAGCCCUUCGGGAGACAGCGGCAAGCCGUAGAACGCCUUUUCCUGAAGCAGGUGAAGCGCCCUAGUCGAAAUCGCGUUAAGGCUCGGAAACUGGAGCUUUCAAGUCAUGACGCCAGCUCCGAACGUCCCUCAAAGGCCCCUCCGGGGGCCUCCCCAGACGACAGCAGUGCUGCGCAUGCCGUCGCCACACCCCCACCGCAAGAAGCGACUUCCCAGGCACGUGCUUCCGCCGCAGCUGCAGCGACUACGGAACAAAGAGCGACAGAGGCGCACCACGCGACUCGAUCAAAUAGGGCAGCCUUGAAUGCCACCCCCCCGGCACAGUCACGAGGACAUGCGAGGGCUUCCCCACUUGGCCGCCCUUCUCUUCCUACCCAACGCGUCAACCAGCUAGAUGCCCUUCGUGUGAACAACGAGGUUGUGCUGCUACUGCAGGAUUUGCUGCUGCACUGUACGCGUGGCGCUGCGCCGUGGCUCCAGCAGCGGCAGCACGAACUGCAGCUGCUGCUGCACCUCUUCCUGUGGGCUGUGUCGACGGCAAGGGACAGGCCUACCCCUGGCGAUUUGCUGCAAAAUGUUAAAUACUGUGGGGGGGAGCAGCUCCAGCAGCAGCGGCUCCAGCGCGAGCAGCAGCGGCUCCAGCAGCUGCAGCGUGAACCCCUUGCUGCUCCUGCUGCCGCAGUCCAGCAGCAGCAACGCGUGCUGCUGCACUUGAUGACGAAGCAGCAACAUGCGUUGCUGCAGCAGCAGCCUCUGCCCUGGACGCAUAAGCUGGGAGUGCUGUUGCUGCAUGUGCUGCUGCCUUACCUGUACCAGCUCCUGCGUCUGCAGCUGCACCUCAAGAGGCAACAGCAGCAAGCAGCCAUUGAGCAAAGAAUCAGACGGUACAACGUUGCCCAGGCCCAGCAUCGGCAGCGCAUGCAACAGCAGCAGGAAGAAGCGCAGCAAACGCUGCACAAGCAGCAGCAGCAGCAGCAGUCGCGGCUGCAGGACGCUGCUGCUGGUGAGGCCGUGGCCUGCUUGACGGCAGCAGAGCAAUCGGUAGAAUUUCUGUACAGGAGCUUGGGGGAUUGGUUGCUAAACCUGGAGAUGAGGCACAUUCAUCCUUCCCUGCGCCGCUCCCUGUCUUUUGAGCUGCUGCAGCAGCAGCUCUACUGGCAGAGCGUUUCCCAUGUGUUGCUUUUGCUGCUGCCCCAUAUCGAUCUGCUGCUUCUGCGGCGCAUGCUCGGACAGAACCUACUGGUCCCCGCUCGCGCUGCAGUGGCAGCGUCGAUGCUGAAGCUGCGGCUGCUUCUGCACAAGCGACAGCAGCCGCAGCAAGGCUCUGGCGCAGAGGAGCACCGCGCUGUUGCCGUUGCGCAGCCCGCGAGGGGCCUGUGCAAAAAAGGAAUGACGCUGCUGAGCAGCACCAAGCAAGCUCUGCAAAGGGUCCUGCAGGAUAUUGGGCUGCAAGUCCACCCCCUUGUAACCGAGACAGAGCAGAAGCAGCAGGCAGAAACGCCACACGAUGCUACGACAGGAUCGAUCUCAGAUACAGCAGCGCGAGAAGAGGUGCGUCUUCUGCAAGCAGGAACCACUGCUGCCCUUCCGCAGCAGCAACUGCUCCCAUGUAUUUUGUUAUUGGUGUGUGGCCUCCCACCCCGACUACCAUCCGAGGGCGUGGCCGUACAUGCAGAGAGACCUGGAGCAGCUUCUGCGCUGCCCCAAGUGCAACUUGGCCAUUCACCGGAUCAGGUGGGGGCUCUAGCGAUGGGCCUGGUGGUAGAAUACGCGCAUCAGCAGGCACGGUAUUGGAUGGAUGCGGCGCGCCUUGCUGUUGCAGCAAAGGCAGCAGCCAGCUACCACUGCGUUACCACUGCAAGGGCAGCGAUACCCUAG